CACUCAUCAAUUUAUCGCUUUGAGUUGAACAAUCUUUUAAAUUCUUGUCCGAUCCAAGCAUAACACCAUGGUCAAAGUCACAUGGCAAAGUCCGCAUGGUCUGCGGUGUUCCCUGAAAGCCCCGGUCUCAUUCUCCGGUAGAGGUCUAGCAACAACGUCCCAAGCACCUCGUAAAGAGGGCGACAUCUCCUCUGUCUUUGUGUCUCUCUCUGGCGCGAAGGAGAAGGCAUUGCCCCCAAGGUUUGCCGACCAAAAGAAACGCCUUAUUGCAGGCCGUGAAGAAGCUGUCAAGAAGAGCUGGGAUCGCCUGCUGCACAGGCUCCGCGAGGAGGUACGGACUAUCGAACGAAUGGGAUCGGACGUUGUUCCUACCAUCGAUUUCAAGGACAUCAAAACAGCUUCCAAGGACUUUCGAAGAGAACUUAGGAAACGUGGUGUUGCCGUUGUUCGAGGAGUAAUUCCCGAAGCUGAAGCUAGACGCUAUAAGGAGGAAAUUGAGGAAUAUGUGCGCGCGAACCCGCAGACUAGAGCUUUCCCACCCACCGAUCCGCAGGUGUUUGAGCUUUACUGGUCACAGUCCCAGAUGAAGGCUCGCAUGCACCCCAACAUGCUCGAAACCCAGCGGUUCCUCAUGAGUUUCUGGCAUUCGAAGAACUCUGACGCUCUGGUGUCUCCAUCACAUCCUCUUACAUACGCCGAUCGCCUGCGUAUUCGCCAGCCUGGCGAUGCUGGAUUUGCAUUGGGUCCUCAUGUGGAUGGUGGUAGUGUUGAGCGUUGGGAAGAUAAUGGCUAUGGUUUGGGAAACGUUUAUAAGGCGAUCUGGGAGGGUAGAUGGGAAGAUUAUGACCCUUGGGAGGCAAGUUGCCGUAUUCCAGCUGUCUCUGACCUUUACAACGGUGCUGGAGCGUGUUCCAUGUUCCGCAUGUUUCAGGGCUGGCUGAGCAUGUCGCACACUGGCCCCAAAGAGGGGACCCUGUUGGUGAACCCCCUACUUUCUAUGGCCACUUCUUACUUCCUUCUGCGGCCGUUCUUUGAGCCCAUAUAUUCGCCUCCUGCUGGCAGCUCGCGCCUUGCUCUAGACACCUAUCUAGAUCCCACCAACUGGCGACUCGAGACAGAGACAUCAAGCAAGCUGGAGGGCGCUACCCCGGGUUAUUCCCAAGAACUGACCGAUGUUUUGCACCCACACUUGCGACUCCACCAAACCAUGGUCCACAUCCCCCAAAUUGCCCCGGGUGACUAUGUUGCCUGGCACAGUGAUGGUAUUCAUGCCGUCGACAAAGUGCAUCAGGGACAAGGCGACUCUAGCGUCAUGUAUAUUCCGGCUUGUCCUGAGUUCAUCGCCGGUACCCCUCCUCCUGAUUUCCCUGGCGGUGAGGGCGAGAGCAACUUUGUUGGGCGCACGACCGAGGGCAGCCUUCGCCACUCUCAGUCUGUGAAUGCGUUGCGUUCCCUUGGGCUAGCUGCAUUUGAUACACAGGAGAUUGGCAUCAAGCUUGGUCAAAAGUUGGUUCUGGAGCGAGCCAACCAAGUCCUUGGGUUCUGA